AUGAUGUCUGCAUUAAGUCAUCAGGUGAAUAUGAACAACUUCUUAUCGCUCCUAGUGGGCGCGUCCUUAGUUACGGCUAAUUCCUCUCCGAGCCAUGACAUAACAUCGUUAUCACAACCGACUGAAUUUAGCAAUGGAUUGUCAUCUUUUGCUCUACCGGCAGAAGAUCGGAUGGCGAUUGAGACAUACACAUUAGCCUUCCUUAACUAUAGUUAUAUCGGGGCUGAUGGACGAUUAGUAGAGGUUGGUGGUAAUGAAAGUGCAAGGUACGGUGAAGGGCGAGUACUGAAUCGAAGUGGAAUUUUGGUGCACGUCAGUAAUAUUGCAAAUAUUUCGGAUCAUACCGGCUGUUCAAAAAAUUGGACUGGUACACGUGGGGAGCAUUUACCACUGCGCGAAGUUUCCUGGAUUGCGCUAAUAAGACGAGGAAGCUGUAAUUUUGAAGACAAAGUUAAACACGCAUAUGAGCAUGGUGCAGCAGGUGUCAUAAUUUAUAAUGAUAAAGAUGAUACCAAGUUGGAUAAAAUGAAGAUCAACGGUAAAGAAAGAAAUAUCACUGCGGUCUUUACUUCAAAAGCAAUGGGAAAAGAAUUAAUCGAUAUUCUCGAGGAUCACGGAUAUGAAGUUGGAAUGCAGAUACUUGAAGGUUCACGUCAGUUUCACACUAUCGGAAAUAUUAAUAAAACAUCGGUGUUAUUUGUGUCUAUUUCGUUUAUCGUAUUGAUGAUAAUUUCAUUGGUUUGGUUGGUGUUUUACUACGUACAGCGUUUUCGAUAUCUCCAGACCAAAGACAAACAAUCAAAACGACUCUGCAGUGUUGCAAAGCGUAUAAUAGCUAAAAUACCAACCAAAAGCAUUAAAUCAGAUGACAAGGAAAUCGAUAAUGAUUGCUGUGCCAUCUGCAUCGAACCGUACAAAGUGACUGAUGUCAUACGAGUUCUUCCGUGCAAGCAUGAAUUCCAUAAAGUCUGCAUAGAUCCUUGGCUGCUUGAACAUCGUACAUGCCCUAUGUGCAAAAUGGACAUUCUUAAGCAUUAUGGUUUUGUGUUUACGGGUAGUCAGGAAAGUAUCCUACAAUUAGACAUGGAUAUGGAGGAAGGAGAUCUUAUUGAUGACCGAAGCAGCACUGAUGGUGGCUAUCAAAGACGAAAUAGCGUUAGCCCCUUGCCUCAAAUAAGGGCUUCUAAUGAAACACAGAUAUCGCCUAGCUGCUCCGACUCUGAAUCGGAACAUGAGCAUUUAGAUGAUAAUAUCUUUUCGCAAUCGACUGGACGAAAUACAGCGCAAGUAAGAAAUAUGCGAGAUAAUCACAGGCAGCCUCAGGUCUCACAACAGGAAAAUGAAAUCUGUGUAGGUUGCCUUGCAGCAGCUUUGAACAAAAAUCAACAGCGUAAUCCUGAUAAUGUUUUAGCGCAAGAUGAGCCAGAGAGUGAUUCCUGUGCUUCUGAGGCUCAUGGAUCCGUAAGUCUUCCAGCAACGUUGAAGAAAUAUAAAGGAAAUCACUCGACUGGGUCGUGUCGAGGAAUGAAUCCUCCGGACAAUUUUCAUCGUUAUCCUCGUAAUGAGGAAGCCAAUAGUGAAAUUCAUAAUUGGCAGCUGCCUCAGCAAAUAGUACAAGAUAACGAUAGUUCUCAAGAGCCAAUGAAACUUCCUUUUAAAUUUUAUAAAACAGACCGGGGGCAAGCUCGUAAAAUACGGACGCCACUUCGUAAUUUACUUCCUCAGUCAAUUUCGGCACCCUGUGAUAACGAUAGCUCUCUGCAUGUAUGUAUUCACGAUGCAUUGGAGUAUGUUGCAGAUGAUACUACGUCGAUGGCGACGGAAUCUAACAUAAAAAAUGAAACAGGUCUUUCAACGAAUCUGCAAAUAGGUCAGUCUACAUUCAAUGUUAAGCGCCGUUGUUCGUUGUCACGCAAUUCAUCUUGCUCUUCUACGGAGUGCAAGGAUGUUGUGACCUGCAAUGAAUUAAAUAUAGCUACCGAUUACAUGAAUGACGAGGACGUUUCGGACGAGACCGAGCCAAACAGUGAUAAUGAUUUGAUAAUUAAGCAACGAGGCCGAGGAGGACAAGAGGAAGAAAAAGAAACACGAAAAAAGUGAUCAAAUCGGUGGUAUCGUCUCAGACCAUCUGGUAUUCCAUGGCGUGAUGAUAGAUAAUGAACACUUUUUUACUUAAACCAAAAUCCCAGUUAUAGGUGAAUCGAAAUAUGUUAUGUGAUAGAGAGAGAGACUGUACAGGUGUAACCCUUAUGUGACACAGUUUCUAUUUGUGCUUUCUGUUCUAUGACUGAGAAAUGUCAUAUUGCGUCUGGAUUGAGUUAGUUGUACUUACAAAGUAUCUUAAAUAUCCCUCAAAUAGACUUUAAAUCAACAGGGCUUGCAGUGUAGUGAAGGAUAGUGGCACUUAAAAUAAGUGUUCCUAAUAACCAAACGUUCUAGAGAAAACAUUUGAACGGUGUCUAAUGUGUUAGUCUCGUUCGUCGAUAGCAAAUUUACAACUACGGUAUUUUAUCGUUGUUGUAGGAAUAUUAAGAACAUAUUCUAAAUGCUAGUAAAUAAAACACCUACUAAAAUAUAUAGCAAAAUUUAAAUUUUAACAAUCCGAGUUAGUGCAACACCGGCAAUAGCCUGGUAGAGAUACUUUUCCUAACAAAUACAAUGAUAGAUAAACUCUUUCCUUAGAUAAUAUGAUAUUAGAAUUUAAUCAUUUGCUGAUCUUAACUCUAGGUACUAUAACACUAACACCAUAAAUGUAGUGUUCCAAUGAAAAAUUGCUGUUGGAAAACUAUUGCUAGAAGAAUGAAUUAAUGACUGUGAGAGUGUAAAUUAUUAUAAACGCCAAGGUUGGUUGAUAAUACACAGCAAUUCGUUAUAGGUGAAAUUGGUUUAAUCUAUCUUUUUUGCUAAUAAUACUUCCGAAGCUCUUCUUCAAAAGAUGACUUAUUGGUAGAAUGGAUGAACGUUCGUUAAAAGAAUGAAAUAAUCAUGAAAACAGUAAUCAAAGAAUUUGAAACUUGACUUGGAUCUUAAGGUACCACGCAAAACUGUGCUAAUAUUAUAGUGAAAUAAAAAUAUUUUCUUUAGCUA